CCUGAUGCUGCGUGACGCGACGGGAAAAGGGGGAGCUCGCAGCCGGUGGCGGCGGUGGCGACAGCGGCGACCCGGGGAUCGAGCUGGAGGGACCUGGGGACAGUGCCGAAACCUCUAGCUCUAGCGUGAGGGACCCCACGCCGGGAUGCCUGGGGAGCAGAUGGACCCUACUGGUAGUCAGUUGGACUCAGAUUUCUCUCAGCAAGAUACUCCUUGCCUGAUAAUUGAAGAUUCUCAGCCUGAAAGCCAGGUUCUAGAAGAUGAUUCUGGUUCUCACUUCAGUGUUAUUUCCCGACACCUUCCGAAUCUACAGACCCACAAAGAGGACCCUGUAUUGGAUGUUGUGUCCAAUCCUGAACAGACAGCUGAACAGGGAGACCAAAAUAGUGGGCUGAGUGAACAUUUGAAAGAAAACAAGGCUACAGACCCUGUGGAUUCUUCUCAUUUGGAUACAUGUAGUUCCAUCAGUCAGGUCAUUGAACGGUUACCUCAGCCAAACAGGACUAGCAGUGUCGUGGGGAUGUCCCUGGAACCUAUCCCUGCUGUCGGGGAAGAGAAGGAAGAGGAGUCGGCAGAGCAGGGGACAGAGGGAGUGGAAGAAGACACUUCAGCGGAUCCCACACACUCCCUGAGUGCUGAAGAUCCUGCUUCCUCACAGCUGGGCUUUGGGGUCCUAGAACUCUCUCAGAGUCAGGAUGUGGAAGGACGUACUGUGCCGUACGAAGUGGACAGAGAGCAACCACAGUUAAUCACCACCGCCUCUGCCUAUACCAGGCUCUCCAAUGUGGAUGCAGAUGCUGCAGUUAAGCAUGAAGAGCGGUGUGGUGGAGAUGCUCCUGUGACACUGCAGCCCAGUCAAGUUGGGCACGUGGUGGAAGAGCCAAGUCCAGCAGUGGGAAGGUCAGAAGACCUGCCUUCUAGUCCCAAAGUGUCUCAUGCUGCUAUGGAAACAAAAGAACAGACAUCUGUUCAAGAACUUCUGGAAGGUGAAUUACAGAUUGAGAAAUCACCAGAGCCUGAGGUUUUUUCAACUCAGGAAGACUUGUUUGACCAGAGCAAUAAAACAGCUUCUGAUGGUUGCUGUACUCCUUCAAAGGAGGAAGGUGGAUGUUCUCUGGCUUCCACACCUGCUACCACUCUGCAAGUCCUGCAGCUCUCUGGCCAGAGAUCCCUUGUACAGGAGAGUCUGUCCAUGAAUUCCUCAGAUCUUGUUGCUCCUUCCCCUGAUGCUUUCCGAUCUACCCCUUUUAUCGUUCCUAGCAGUCCCACAGAGCAAGAAGGGAGAAAAGAUGAGCCAGUGGAUAUGUCAUUGGUGUCUGAGGGAGUGGGGGGGCCUUUUCAAAAGAGACUCCAAGCCAGUGAUCCAAUGCAGAUAGAAAACACACCACUUCCACCUGCGGGUGCUGGGUCCCCGCAAGCCUCGACACCUGUGUCUCAGAGCACCCCAGUGUUUACCCCUGGCUCCCUUCCUGUCCCAUCGCAGCCCGAGUUCUCACAUGACAUUUUCAUUCCAUCGCCAAGUUUGGAAGAACAAUCAAAUGAUGGGAAGAAAGGCGGAGACUUACAUAAUUCAUCUUUGACUAUUGAGUGUUCGAAAACUUUGGAGAUUGAACCAAAGAAUUCCACUGAGGAUCUCGGACUCUCUUUGACAGGGGAUUCUUGCAAGUUGAUUCUUUCUACAAGUGAGUACAGUCAGUCCUCAAAGAUGGAGAGCUUGAGUUCUCACAGGAUUGAUGAAGAUGGAGAAAACUCACAGGUUGAGGAUACCGAACCCUUGUCUCCAGUUCUCAGUUCUGAACUUGUUCCUGUAGAGAGUGAUAUGAAUCCAGCAUCAGAUGGCCAAGUAGAACUGAGUCAGAAUGAUGACAAAACAAAAGGAGACGAUGCAGAGAACAGGGAUGACAUCAGUAUUUUAGCCACUGGUUUCAAAGGCACAGAAGAAACUGUAGCGGAAGACAUUUGUAUUGAUCUCACCUGUGACUCAGGAAGUCAGGCAGUUCCUUCUCCAGCAACUCGGACUGAGACACUCUCUAGUGUCUUAGAUCAGGAGGAAGCUAUGGAAGUUACAGAACACCAUCCAGAGGAAGGGUCUUCAGGGUCUGAGGUGGAAGAAAUCCCGGAGACUCCUUGUGAGAGUCAUGGAGAGGAGCCCAAAGAAGAGAAUCCAGAGGGUGUUCCAUUUCACCUUUCUCUGGCUGAAACUCAGUCCCAGGGGCUGUGUCUUCAAAAGGAAAUCCCCAAACAAGAAUGCCCAGAAGCUAUGGAUGUUGAAACCAGUGUGAUUAGUAUUGAUUCCCCCCAGAAACUGCCAGUACUUGACCAAGAAUUAGAACAGAAGGAUCAGGAAGCCUGGGAGGAAGCUACUUCAGAGGGUUCAAGUGUGGUCAUUGUAGAUGUGAAGGGGCCAUUGUCUCCCAGUGUUGAUGUUUCGGGUGAACCUUCUGAGGGAAUGGAGAAAUGCUCAGAUUCCCAGUCCUGGGAUGAUGUGGCUCCAGAAAUAGAACCAUGUGCUGAGACUAGAUUAGAACCCCAGGAAGACAAGAAUAUAGAAUAUGAUGGAGAUCAGAAAUCAGUGACUACAGAAAAGGAGCCUGUAGGGGAAGACCCUGCACAGCCUCCCCUGCCUUUAGUGAGAGCAGAAGAGCCUCCCAGACCUGACCAGGAGAUGCAACAGCCCCAGCUUCAAGAGAAAACAAAUAAGUCACUAACAGAAGACUCCAAAAUGGCUAACGCAAAGCCGCUGGGCUCAGGCAGAGAGCCCGGACAGCUCGAGAAGGCUUCUGCUCAUGCCUCGCAGAGCUUCUGUGAGAGUUCUAGCGAAACCCCAUUUCAUUUCACUUUGCCUAAAGAAGGUGAUACAAUCCCACCAUUGACUGGCGCAACCCCGCCUCUUAUUGGGCACCUAAAAUUGGAGCCCAAGAGACAUAGUACUCCUAUUGGCAUUAGCAACUAUCCAGAAAGCACCAUAGCAACCAGUGUUGUCAUGUCUGAAAGCAUGGUAGAAACCAACGAAGCCAUACUUGGGAGUGUAAAAGGCGAUUCUGGGACUGCCCCAGAAGUGGAUGAGAAACUUUGUCUAAGAAUGAAAUUGGUCAGUCCUGAAACAGAGGCCAGUGAGGAGUCUUUGCAAUUUAGCCUGGAAAAGCCUGCCACUGGUGAAAGAAGAAAUGGUUCUACUGCUGUUGCUGAGGCUGUUGCCAGUCCCCAGAAGACUGUAUCUGUGUUUGGCUGUAUCUGUGAAGCCCGACAAGGAGAUAAGGCUCAAGGUGAGGAUCUCCCCUCUGCCUCCAUCAGAGGGAGCUUGCUUCACUUUCCAAGUACUCAAGAAGAAGAGAAGAAAGCAAAACUAGAGGGUGACCACAGGAUUAGGCAGAGUGAACAACCUGUGAAGACAGUUAGUCUUCUCGAGGAUCCCGAGUCUCCUGCCUCCCAGCAGACAGUCUCACAGGGACUAUCUAGCCCACAAGGAGAAGCGAUGGAGAUAGACACACAGGAAGGCCAGCACGAAGAGCGGGAUGCCCAUCAGGAAAAGCCCAGUAAGGCCUUGAUUGAAAGGCCCACCCAAAACAACAUUGGAAUCCAAACCCUGGAGCAGUCCCUCUGGGUCCCAGAAACUGUUUCUGCAGCAACCCAGACUGUCAAGAAUGUAUGUGAGCAGGGCACGAGCACAGUGGACCAGAGCUCAGGGAAGCAAGAUGCCACAGUGCAGACUGAGAGGGGCAGCGAUGAGAAGCCCAUUGGCACCCCUGGGGAAGACACAGAGUCACUCCAAAGCCAGGGAGAGGAGGAGUUCGACAUGCCUCAGCCUCCACAGGGCCAUGUCUUGCAUCGCCACAUGAGGACAAUCCGUGAGGUCCGCACACUGGUCACCCGUGUCAUCACAGAUGUGUACUACGUGGAUGGGACAGAAGUGGAGAGGAAAGUCACUGAGGAGACUGAAGAGCCAAUUGUGGAGUGUCAGGAAUGUGAGACUGAAGUGUCCCCUUCACAGAUGGGGGGUUCCUCAGGUGAUCUGGGGGAUAUCAGCUCCUUCUCUUCCAAGGCAUCCAGCUUGCACCGCACGUCAAGUGGGACAAGUCUCUCGGCCUUGCACAGCAGUGGCAGCUCAGGGAGAGGAGCCGGACCACUCAAAGGGAAAACCAGCGGGACAGAACCCACAGAUUUUGCUUUACCCAGUUCCAGAGGAGGCCCAGGAAAACUGAGUCCUAGGAAAGGAAUCAAUCAGACAGGGGCGCCAGUGUGUGAGGAGGAUGGUGAUGCAGGCCUUGGCGUCAGACAGGGAGGGAAGGCGCCAGGAACACCUCGAGGGCGUGGGCGAAGGGGCCGUCCGCCUUCUCGGACCACUGGAACCAGAGAAGCAGUUUUACCUGGCCCACUGGGCAUAGAGGACAUUUCACCCAGCAUGUCGCCAGAUGACAAAUCCUUCACCCGAAUUUUGCCCCGAGUACCAGACACUACCAGAAGAGCAGAUGUGGGCGCGGGUGCUCUGCGUCGUAGCGACUCUCCAGAGAUACCUUUCCAGGCUGCUGCUGGCUCCUCAGAUGGCUUAGACACUUCCUCUCCAGGGAACAGCUUCGUAGGGCUCCGUGUUGUAGCCAAAUGGUCAUCCAAUGGCUAUUUUUACUCUGGGAAAAUCACACGAGAUGUGGGAGCUGGGAAGUACAAGUUGCUUUUUGAUGAUGGGUACGAGUGUGAUGUGCUGGGCAAAGACAUUCUCCUGUGUGACCCCAUCCCGCUGGACACUGAGGUGACCGCGCUCUCGGAGGACGAGUAUUUCAGUGCAGGAGUGGUGAAAGGGCAUAGGAAGGAGUCUGGGGAGCUGUACUACAGCAUUGAGAAAGAAGGCCAAAGGAAGUGGUAUAAGCGAAUGGCUGUCAUCCUGUCUUUGGAGCAAGGAAACAGACUGAGAGAGCAGUAUGGGCUUGGUCCAUACGAGGCAGUGACACCCCUCACAAAGGCGGCAGACAUCAGCUUAGACAAUCUGGUCGAAGGUAAGCGGAAGCGGCGCAGUAACAUCAGCUCCCCCGCCACGCCUGCCGCCUCCAGCAGCAGCAGCACGACCCCCACCCGGAAGGUCACAGAAAGUCCUCGGGCCUCCGUGGGAGUUCCAUCAGGCAAAAGAAAACUGGUCACUUCAGAAGAGGACCGGUCCCCUGCCAAGCGAGGGCGAAAGUCCGCCACUGUGAAGCCCGGUGCGGUUGGGGCAGGAGAAUUCAUGAGCCCCUGUGAGAGCGGAGACUACACAGUAGACCCCUCUGUCCUGGAAGAGCAGAGGGGACCUUUGCCCCUCAACAAGACUUUAUUUCUGGGUUAUGCUUUUCUCCUCACCAUGGCCACAACAAGCGACAAGUUAGCCAGCCGCUCCAAACUACCAGAUCUCCCUACUGGCAGCAGUGAGGAGGAGGAAGAGUUUUUAGAAAUUCCUCCUUUCAACAAGCAGUACACAGAAUCCCAGCUUCGAGCAGGAGCUGGCUAUAUCCUUGAAGAUUUCAAUGAAGCCCAGUGUAACACGGCCUACCAGUGUCUUCUCAUUGCUGAUCAGCACUGCCGGACCCGGAAGUACUUCCUGUGCCUUGCCAGUGGGAUCCCUUGUGUGUCUCAUGUCUGGGUCCAUGACAGUUGCCAUGCUAACCAGCUCCAGAACUACCGUAAUUAUCUGUUGCCAGCUGGGUACAGCCUUGAGGAGCAGAGAAUUCUCGACUGGCAACCCCGGGAAAACCCUUUCCAGAAUCUGAAGGUACUCUUAGUGUCGGAUCAGCAGCAGAACUUCCUGGAGCUCUGGUCUGAGAUCCUCAUGACAGGGGGCGCAGCCUCUGUGAAGCAGCACCAUUCCAGUGCCCAUAACAAAGAUAUUGCUCUAGGGGUGUUUGACGUGGUGGUGACAGACCCCUCGUGCCCAGCCUCCGUGCUGAAGUGUGCUGAAGCAUUGCAGCUGCCUGUGGUGUCUCAAGAGUGGGUGAUCCAGUGCCUCAUUGUUGGGGAGAGAAUUGGAUUCAAGCAGCAUCCAAAAUACAAACACAACUAUGUUUCUCACUAAAGAUAUUUGGUCUUUCUGG